AUGGCUAGUCAUGUAUUGUUUACGUGGGAUGAAAGAAGUUUCAAAAACAAAACAUCGGAGAAAGAUGGUUUGUUGUAUACAAGAAUAGCAGUUAGUGAGAAAAUCAAAAUCAAUAAUGCCAAUGAUCCCUUAUUACAACAUCUGAAACAUGAAACGAUUUCAAAUCAUGGAAAUACCCAUUUUAAGGGUCUUACAUACAGGUUGGAUAUAUUGAGUAUAAAUGAAGUUAAUUUUGAGCAGUAUUCAAGUACAAUUACUGAGGGGAAUUUAGAAAAAAUAAAUAACAAUGGUCUCUUAAAAGACAUGGGAAUAGAUAAUCUUUAUUUAUGGGUAUAUGGGUUACUCGUUGAAGGAACAUACAAUAACGAGAAAUUGUACAGAUUUGAACUACUUGAGACUUUGGGUGAACUUAAUUGGACAAUAAAAUACCUUUAUGAAGGAUUAUUUAGAGCUGUCCUUAGCGUCAGGCUCGAUAAAUGUGGUGAUGUUAAUAUGGAUGAAUACUUCCUUGAAGAUCUACAAGAGUUGUACAGAAAAGACUUAUUGAACCAACAAAAAGAAAGGAUAUGGAAUUCGGAACGGAGACAUUUAAUGGAACAAAUUCAUUUGUUAGAAAGUAGAACUGAAAUUGACAAAUUACGGGAAGAUGUUCGUAAUAUGAGGAAAUUACAGUUAGCAUACUUUAUACCACUAAUAAACGAAUAUAACAAUGAAAUAAGACAAUUGAAAAGACAAUUAGAUAGCAACAGUGACAGCUUGUUUAUAAAUUCAAGAAAGAGAUGCACAACCAGCAACACAAGUUUGAGUAAAGAUGUUGAAGUAGUUGACGAAAAAAAGAGUUCCUCUGAUUUUGAUGGAAAUGAUCAAAUAUUCCUCCGGGAUCGAGAUAAACGGAUGAAAAUAAUAAGCGUAGAAGAUAAACACACUCAGCAAGCAUUUGAGGGAGGAGAGUGUGGGGUAAUCACUAUAAAAGAUGAGGAAUACAGUAGGCGGGAUAAUAGGUCGCCAAAAUAUAAUACAACAUCCCGUAAGAGAAUAGUUUCUCAUGAUUCAAAUAGGAGCUCUACAGCGCCCCAACAGAGUAUAUCUAUGGAGGUUGCAGAAACUCAAAGAGAUUCUCCGGAAGAACCGCUGCCUUCUUUCGCCGUGCAAAAUGUCAUUGUAUUAGACAGUUUAACACAGCCUAAUGCACAACUUAACGAAAGGUCGGUUUUCUCAGACAAAGAGUUAUCAAGUAGUAAACAGAGUCUGAAAACGGCAGCAACAGUUGUAUCUGACGAUGAAGGUACAGAUAUUUCUACUGAUGAUUCUACUGAUAUCUCUGAAUGA